AUGCAGCCAAAUCAAUGGCAGCAGUCACAGUACUCCUCUUACCCCUCAUUCCAACAACCUCAGCAGACUGGUGCUCCCCAAACAGGUCAAGGCUUUGGUUCUAAUCCUUCCUUCAUGUCAUCUCAACCCACUGGAUAUCCUCAACAACAAAUGCAACCGAUGCAGACCGGAUACCCACAACAGCAACAACAAAGGCAACAACCCACAGGUAUGCAAGGCGGAGGCAUGGGUGGUAAUUAUUCGUUCCUUAAUCAGCCUCCGCCCACAUCGUCGUUCCAAUCCAACAACCUCGCUCCCCAAAUGACAGGCUAUCCAGGCGGUGGAGCGAGCGGUCUCAUGUCCCAGCAAACCGGCUAUCAAGGUGGUGGAUUGAUGUCUCAACCCACAGGUUAUCCAGGUGGGAUGCUGUCACAACCCACUGGUAUGGGUAGGCUUCAAGCUCAACCGACCGGCUUACCGCACGAUCCUAGGUUACAACAGAUGAUGCAAUCUUUCAUGCCUUCUAACAUCAGUCAGCCAUUUGCUUCUUCAGGUAUACCUCAGUUCAAUCAACAAACCUCUCAACCACUUAGUCAAUCUUUCCAAUCUCUUCUUCAGAAUCCAUCAGUCAACACGCCAAAGGUACCCUGGACAUUGUCCAGACAGGAAAAGAAGGAUUAUGAUCAGAUUUUCCGCGCUUGGGAUACUAAAGGCGACGGGUUCAUAUCCGGUGAAAUGGCAAGAGAAGUGUUCGGUCAAAGUGGAUUGGACCAAGAUGGUCUGAUGAAAAUCUGGAACCUCUCUGAUAAAGAUAAUCGAGGAAAGCUCAAUUUACCCGAAUUCCACGUCGCUAUGGGUCUUAUCUAUCGAGCGCUUAAUGGGAAUUCAAUACCUGACACUCUUCCGGAAGAGCUUGUUCCUGCUUCCAUGAGGGAUAUCGACACCACAGUAAAUUUCAUGAAAGACCUCCUUCGUCAUGAAGCUUCCAGUCGCUCAAACACUUCCUCUCCGGGAUAUGGUGGGAACAGCCCUGCACCAACUGGUGGUCCGAAAGAUGCCCUGAUGUAUAAACACUCCGACGAAGCACCCUCUACUUAUAAACCUUCCUCACGUCAUCUGGACCGAAAAUCAGUCAGAUAUUCUGGGGAAGAUCCUGAUGCUGGUCUCAAAGACAUUCGACGCAAACUCCAAAACACUUCUUCUCUUCUUGAGAAAUCGGCUGAGAAGAGCACGGAGGACGAAGAGCUGGAAGAAGAAGUUGAGACUUUGCAAUACCGAGUCAAGAGAAUAGAAGAAGACAUCGAAUACACUUCAAAAGGUCGACGUACAGCUGAAAAGGAUGAAGAAAGGCGUAAACUUGAAAGAGAGUUACUAUAUUUGAUGCACGAGAAACUCCCUGAACUUGAACGAAGACAAGAGAGAAGACAAGAAGAAAGAGCUAUGGAAGAGAGAGCUGGUGUGCGACGCAGGGAUGAACGAAAUCAAACUCAUGGUAGAUACGACAACAGAGAAAGAGAAAGAGAUGAUCACGACAGGUAUAGGGGUACUUUCGAUCGAGAGAGAGAAAGAGAUAGAUAUGAUCGUGAUCAGAGGGAUACCAGGGAUCGUGACAGGGAUUUUGAUCGAUAUGAUCGGGACUCGUCACGAGAUAGAAGAGGUUCAUAUGAUCGACCUAGAUCACCACCUUCAUCUAGAGCUCCACCUCCUGCACCACCUCCAGCCGCUGUAGCGGCAGCUGCUUCCGCUCCACCUCCACCGCCUGCACCCUCUCAAGCUGCUGCUCCUUCCACAAAGAACAUGACACCUGAAGAACGAAAGGCUUACAUUCGUGAACAAGCCCAGCGUAGAAUCAACGAUCGACUUCGUGCUUUGGGCGUUGAAUCUGCUCCUUCCGCCGAAUCAGCUGUCGAUACUAGUGUCCAAGAUAGACUUGACAAAGAGAAACAGGAAGCUGAGGAAAAAUCCAAACAAGCUGAAGCUGAGCAAGUCGCUAGAGACGAAGCUAGGAAGAAGAGACUAGCUGAUGCCGGCGGAUCUGCACACGAGGACGAGAAACCUGCUUCAACUCCGGCUUCACCUGCUCAACCCUUGAAAUCAGCUUUUAAAAAACCUGGAGCUCCUCCUCCCGCUCCUCCCUCUCGACCCAAAGUUCCACCUGCACCCCCUACCUCAAGACAUGCAUCCACUCCUGCUGCUCAACCUGCUCCUAAACCUGCUGCUCAACCGGAAGAAGAUCCCGAAGAGGCUGAAUUCAGGAGAAAAGAGGAAGCGGCUGCUAAAGCUAGAGCUGAACGCAGAGCGAGAUUGGAAGCGCUCCAAAAGGAAGAGGAAGAAGAACGUAAACAGGAAGAAGCUUUACUCGCAGCGAGGCAGAACCGAAGUAAAGCACCUACACCUGCUGCUAUAUCUACUCCGGCGGAGACUGUAUCCUCGCCACCCCCGCCACCACCUGCACCUCCCGCUCCUGCACCUCCAUCUGAUACAUCUUAUAAUCCUUUCAGAAAACCUGGUGCUGCUCCUGGUGCCACUCCUUCUCCCGCUGCGCCUGCCACCGGAGGAUUCAACCCCUUCUUCAAACCUCAAGCUGCGGCUUCGUCGACUACGCCUAAAUCGCCAGGAAAUUCGGCACCACCUGCGCCGCCACCUGCUCCCCCUGCUCCUCCAGCACCACCGGUAGGUCAGGUUGCCAAAAAUGAUUUCCGGCCUGCACCUGAACCAGAAUGGGAAGAUAUCAAUGAGAAGGAAGCCGACUCGGACGAUUCUUCAUCCGACGAUGAGACCUUCUCCUCACGAGUUGGAAGACAAGGUCUUGCUCAAGCUUUGUUUGGUAGUAUUUUGGGAGGAGGAUCAAGCUCACCUACCACAUCCAGACCUGGAUCCACCGCACCCGCUCCUCCGGCUGCGCCUCCUGCUCCUAGAGCUCCUCCAGCUGCUUUAGCCAAUUUGGGUGGUGGCGGUGAUCCGGCUCAAUCUCGAGGCGCUCUCCUGUCUGCCAUUCAAGGAGGUGCUAGACUCAAGAAAGCUCAAACUGUUGACAAGUCUGGUCCACCAGCAGCCGGUAAGGUUGUCGGAGACGCUGCACCACCACCUCACAUUUCUGAUCAACCCAGGGCUAUCUCGCCUCCACCUCAACCACGUGAAGACGAAGAAGAUCACUUUGCUACAAGGAACGCUAAUCGACAGAGUGUAGACUGGUAUGCUGGCUUAGCCGCCGAUUCAAGCCAUCCAGCUGCUAGUCAUGCCGAAGAAUCGACAUUACCUCCAACAAGGGAAGAGGAUGAACCCUCCCAUGCUAUUUACGAGGAGAUCAAAGGAAAAGAGGAUGCGUCUUCAGGAGACGAUUUGGAAGACUUUGAUCUAUCCAAGACUCUACGCGUUCGAUCCCUUUACGAGUUCACUGGUACCAGAGAUGUUGACCUUAGCUUCAAAGAGGAUGUAGUCCUUGAGGCUCAUCCGGCCAAGGAUGCAAGCAGCGCCUGGUGGUUUGGUACAUCAGUCAAAGAAGGAAGUAAGGGGUGGUUCCCCAAAGACUACGUUGAGGAAUUGCAUGUUACUCGGGCAAAAGCGUUGUUCGACUAUCCCGGUGGCGAAGAGGAUCAGCUUCCUUUCAUGGAAGGUGACAUAAUUGCUAUUGUCGAUAACUCAGAUCAGGAUUGGUGGAAGACAGAGAAAGCCGGGGUGAUUUUCCUUGUCCCUGCAAGCUACCUAGAAAUACAAGACAUUAAAUCAAAUAAUGAUGAAACUGACCAUACUUUAGCUGCGACACCACCUAUCAAGGCGGUUGCAUCCAGUACUAACCUCAAUCCCAAUCCUAGUUCCGGUCCCCGAUCUCCAAAGGAAAAUCGAGCUAGACCUACAUCAAUGCUAUCUGUCAUGUCUGGUACCGGUCGAUCACCCUCAUUCAUUUCCGAUGACGAGGGAUCAUCAUCAUCAGAAGACUCAGUGUUAUCGUGGUGGUCAUCAGAUGAAGAAGGUUCAGAUGACGAGGACUAUGAAGAAAGGGAGAUCGACGCUGCGGAAGAGGCCGGGCGAAAGAGAAGGGAGGAAGAAAGACAAAAGAUUCUUUCCGCUGCUGGGUUGCAGAUCAAAAGAGGGCCGCCACCAAUCCCAGGUGUAGGGGCAAACAAAAAUCGAGUUGUAUCUAGACGUCGACCACCACCUGGUGUACCAGGGAAGAAAAGAAGAAAGGCCCCUGCUGUCCCAAAUGCUGCAUCUUCACCUGCGGAAGAUUCCUCGUUUAGCUUGUGUCCAGCUGAGCACGCCGAUAGAUCAGAUGUACAAGGACCUCAAGAUGCUUACGCACGAUAUGAAGCAUUCCUUAACCAUUCUCAACGACCUCAAGCGCUGCGAGCAGACUCCAAUCCAAAUAGAGCUAGAAGUCAAAGUUUGAUUCAGAAAGCUACUAUGAAUCAAGCUAUUACUCCUCAAUUUACUGGUCCCAGUCCAGUUUCAACGUCAGCCAGCAAUGCUGAUGCUGUUACGCCUCAAUCACCAGCUACGUCGACGACGACUUCGACUUCAGCCACUACAGGCGGUAGAUUGUCAGGCUUUUUCAACAAAUUAAUGGCCCCUCAUCCUCAUCAAGCGGAGAAAAAGCUUCCAAACAUAUCAGGACCAAUGACUAGGAUCGAAAGUGAUCAAUCCUUGGGAGAUGACAGACCAGACACACCAAAUUCUUCAGCCGGAGCUAAUGGAGAUUUCGGUAAAACCUGGGGCAGUUUGGUCGAACCGAGUGUAUUAGCUACUAUGAGCGAGAAAGAACGAAAGAGGCAAGAAGCCAUCUUCGAGUUCAUAGGUACUGAAGCCGGAUAUGGAAGAGAUCUACAGUUGAUCGUCGAAGUGUUCUACGCUUCUCUUAUUCCAUUAUUGGACGAGAAAUCACUCGAUAGCAUUUUUGCUAAUAUAGAAGACAUACUGUUGUUCAAUACUUCGUUUUUGAGUUCAUUAGAAGACAGACAAAAGAGCUAUAGACUAUACAUCGAUAAAAUAGGUGACAUACUGGAAGAUCAUUUAGCCAAUGCAGGAGUUUAUACGACAUACUGUGUGAACCAACAAUCGGCAAUGAAACUACUCCAAAGCUUACGAGAAGCGAAUCCUGAAGUAGCAGCCCACCUGCAGUCGAUUCGGGAGACUAAUUCAGCGGUACGGGGUUUAGACAUAUCGCAUUUCCUUUUGAGUCCCAUGCAACGGAUUACUCGAUAUCCUCUGCUCAUCAAACAGAUCAUUCACUACACAGACCCUUUCGGCCCAUCCUCAGAACCAAACGCUGAUCUACCACAUGUCCAGAAUGCCCUGGAGAUGGUAGAAAGGAUCGUUGGGCAGAUCAAUGAGAGUGUGAGAGAUGCUGAAGGAGAUGAACGAUUGAAGGCCUUAAGUGAGAACCUGUGGAUCGGCGGUGAAGGCCGACUUGACCUUACAGCUCCUACAGCACUGAUGGGGUCUCGAAAGUUACUAAAAGAAGGUCGCGUUAGUAAAGUCAAAUCAAAUAGGAAAUUGAUAAUGGUGCUAUGUAAUGACAUCAUCGUGCUUCUUGACGGAACCGAUUUAUAUCGUAUGCCGAUCCCACUACACGAAGUCCAGGUUCAUCAAGGUCGAGACGACACUAGUUUCGUUUUGAAGAUAGACGCCAAGAGAGGUGGAGACAUGAUUGGCCUUCGUGGUGCAUCCUCUCGGGAUGUCAAAGACUGGACAAGUGUAAUUUCUACAGCUAGAUCUAAAGCUUUGAAAGCCAGGGGCGAUCGACGAUCUACAUGA